CACUACCAUCUCGUCCCUUCUCUUCCCGCCUUUGUCUCCCUUCUGCUGCCGCUUCGAGCUCUCCGCUUCUCCAUCUUCUUCCACAGUUCACACACUUCCCUCUGCUCCUCGGAGAAACCCUAGCCACCGCCACCACCCGCCGACGCCGGAGCGCCGGAGCGACCAUGAUGGGCAUCGAGUUCCCGCUGCCCCACGUGUUCGAGCAGCUUCACGGCAAAGCCGAGGACAACUGGCCCCCGGAGGCGUCCUUCCUCGUGGCCGCCUACCGCGGCAACGUCCGCCGCCUCAAGGAGAUCGCGAGGAGCCUGGACGACCGCGGGAGGAGGGGGGUCGAGGCAACGGUGGCCACCACCAGCUACCGCGGCCUGAACGCGCUCCACGCUGCCGGCGGCGGCGGCAACCUCGCCGUCUACCGCUACCUGGUCGAGGUGGUCAAGAUGGACGUCAACAUGUGGGACGCAUCCGCAGCUAAGAAGACGCCCCUGGAGCAUGCCGUGUCCGGUGGGAACCUGCCUGCCGUGAGGUACCUUCUUGAUCAUGGUGCUGAUCUCCACAUGGAAGGGGAUGAAAACGUUACUGCUCUUCAUAGAGCUGCAAAAAAAGGGAAGUCCGUAAUAGUGAGAUUUCUGCUUUCUAGAGGAGCUCACGUUGAUGGCAAUUCAGAAUCAGGGACACCACUGCAUUUUGCUGCUCUUAAAGGACAUGAGAGUACUGUGGAGGUUUUGUUGGAGCACCAUGCAAACCCCAACAAGGUUGUUCCUUCUUAUCUAGUGACACCUCUAGAAGCUGCACUAAUAGCUGCUUCCACACCUUGUGUGAAGCUAUUGGUUCAGGCAGGAGCUAAUGUGAAUGAUGCUAAUAAUUAUCUGGCAAAAGCUGCAACCGAAGGCUUAACUGAAGCUAUCAAGUGCUUGUUGGAGGCUGGUGCAAACCCAAAUUGUCCUGAUGAGUGUGGUCGGCGACCAAUAGAGUUAGCUGCUGUGUAUGGUAGAAGGGAAGACGUUGAGCUUCUAUUUGCUUUCACCUCCCCAAUUCCAAAUGUGUCAGACUGGACUGUUGAUGGGAUAAUUAAUCAUGCCAAACUGGAGAGAAUACAGCUAAAGGAUGAUGCUGUUUUUAAGAAGAAGACGUCUGACUUGAAACAACAAGGGGAUGAAGCAUUUGAUAGGCAGGAUUACACAAAUGCAUCAUUGUUCUACACAGAGGCACUGAGGGUUGAUCCUUCUGACUGUCAAAUGCUCGUGAAAAGGAGUCGUUGCUGGCUUCGCUUAGGCGAUGGACAAAAGGCCUUAGAAGAUGCAACCAUAUGCAAAAGAUCGUGGCGGGGCUCGGCGGAGGCACACCAUUGCCGGGCAGAAGCUCUGGUGCUGCUAAAGGAGUAUGAGAAAGCCUGCGAGGAGCUGUCAAGCGGUCUGGAGCUAGACCCCGAAAACGAUGAGAUGGACAAAUUGUUCUGGGAGGCCAUGGAAUUGAAGCAGAAGAAAGUGAUGCCUGCACAAGUCAGCAACACCGCGGAAACCUGAAGAUCUUUCUUUUCUGUGUUUCCGGAAUGGCUUAAAUUAUGCUAUCAGACAGGUUUUGGAACAAGUAGCUGGCUGUCAUUUUUGUAGUAGCAGAUGUUAAACUUUGAUACAAUGGCUCGUGGUGCCAUCUUGGUGGGAGCCUAGGACUAGAAUCAGCAGUUGGUUACUGGCAGUUUUUUUUAGCAUGUCUGUUUGUUUUCUGGGUGACUUUGGUGCAUGCUAAAACAAUUCCACUGUCACUUUGGAUGAUGAUGGAUUAAACUUGGCUCCUGGG